AAAGGAAGUUAAUUGCCCAGUCGAGCUUCUCAGAUGCUGCAAUGUCUUGUUUUCACAUGAACAGAGAUGCACCAAGAGUAAAGGCAUUGUACCAAGAGCAGUCUUGGUUGAAGACACUGAUCUCAGACACCCAAGUGGGAAGAAAGGCUCUUGCAUGACAUGAGCCUUGGGGGUGGAGGAAUAAACAAUGCUCCUCGGUGUGGCCUCAGAUCUAGCAAAAGGAGAAAAGAAAACUAAUCAGUUCAUGUGAUGCAGCUUUGAGCAGGUCGCCUGUGGUACAAAGAGAAUCCCUUCAUGAGAAAGGCAAAGCUAAAGCAGCAACCUCAGAACAACAUGGAUUCUGGAGAGUGGAAGAGCUUCAUGGCUUUGUCCGGAUCAAGACCUGAGCGUGGAAGAUGGAGGUGCUCUCGACCCAAGUUUUAACCUACCGAGACAUCAACGCGGUUACCAGCUAGGUCUGUUGUUGGAUUGUUGCACUGCAUCACAACUUUCGACAUUGGCUGGCCCAGCUGGGCUCCACACCCUGACAGAAUCCUAUGCCCCAGUGUGAAAUCUGUAAGCUGGUUUCUGCCUCCCUCACUCUCCUUCCUUUCUUUAUUCUUGUCUUUGGUGAAUGAUGGUGUUUCAUUGAUGCAUGGGUGUGAGGACUGUGUUGUGCAGAGUUGGAAAGAGAUCGGGACCUACAGUUGGAAAGAGCCCCUUCAUCGACUGCUUUCUUCUGGGGGUUGGGUGUGGUUUAAUGACAGGGAAGGAGAGGUGGGCUACUUCUUCCAAAGCAUGCAGGGCUCUCUCUCUCUCUUCUUCUUCUUGCCAUCUCUUUCUUUCAGAAUAAGCUGCUGAAGUACAAUUUUUUUUUGACAGCACCCAGUUCCUUUGGGAUCAAAGACUUGUUUUCCAAGGUAAAGGGUUGGUCAAAACCCAUUGAUGCACUCACUGCAUUUAAUUCUUGAUUAGAAUACCAUGCAUUGAAAACAAUCAAGGAAACAGUUUUAGAUUCUUCAUUCGUAGAAACCUCAUGCGCAUUAUAUUUUUCCUCUUUUACAUGUUACUAACAAAUCCUCUCUUGCUAAGGCCACAAGUGUUGCACAAUAUCAGGUGUCUUUUGCUGCUGUCUGACUUGUGUUAUUGAAACAGUGGGAUUAAUUGUUCUUCCGGUCAAAACCAUUGGUAGCUGUGACCGCAAGGAUGAGCUCCUCAAAUUUCGUGCUCAGUGGAUCAUGAAUGCCAGCUUCCCAUGCAUGAUGGCCUUUUCUAUUCACCUUUUCUGACCUUUUGUAGGGUGAGUGAGACCCUCUACCCUUUUGCCGUAUAUAGAGGGUGGUGAGGAAGACGACUGAAGGAAGUCGCAACCUUUCUCCAUCGUUCAUCCAUGGGGAAGAGCAGCAGAGUCCUUCGCCCUCCAAACUCCUCCAUCGAUCCACUCCUUAGGUGCUCCUCCUCCUCGCCCUGUCAAAGUAUGGGGAGCGGUGGGAAGAGGCCGUACAAGGGGGUGAGGAGGAGAAGCUGGGGCUCCUGGGUCUCCGAGAUCAGAGCGCCGCAUCAGAAGACGAGGAUAUGGCUGGGAUCCUACUCCACGCCCGAGGCAGCCGCCAGGGCCUACGACGCCGCCCUCCUCUGCCUCAAGGGCUCCUCCGCCUCCUUCAACUUCCCCGCCUCCCUCCCCAGCCACCUUCCGGCCAGUGCCAUGUCUCCCAAGUCCAUCCAAAGAGUCGCCGCCGCCGCUGCCGCCGUCGUCGUCACCUCCCCUACGGCUAGCACGACCACCAGCCGGUCACCGUCUCCUCCCCCUCCUCCUUCUCCGUCGCUGGACGCCACCAACGAGGACCACCAGUCCACGAUGACGAGCUCGGCCACGUCGACGAGGAGCGGAGAGAUAGAUGAGCCGUGGAUCGAUCUCGGAGCCUUCCAGUCGCCACGGUGCAUGGAUCAUAUGAUCAACCCACUGAUCUCCUCUUGGCAGGAGUGCGAGGAGAUGGGAGACAUAAACCUAUGGAGCUUCUUCUAGAAGAUUGAGAUAGGUUCCUUGCUUGUCUCAUCCACUGCAGCUGAGAUCAGGGGAAGCUGAGACUCGAGUACGAGCAGCGUGGAGAUAAAUGCAUACGAUUGCGUUCCAGUCACAGUAAUGUUGUAAGGUAAUAAAUAAACGGAGUAUUAGAGUUAUGUACUCAGCAUAUGGAAAUUUUUCUGAUGAGACAUUUAAUUGAACAAUAACAGAGUUUGGAGGAAUUCUUUAUGUACAA